GACAUUUGUAGAACUAUGUACAGCCCUCUCUCUCUCUCUAGAAUCUCACCCCUACAAACGCCACUAGUUCUGCGUGGAAAUUCUUUCCUUUGUUUGGGCAAAAGACCUUCAGAAGUUCAAAUAUUGGGAAAGGGUUCAGAAAUGGAAGAAAAAUCUGAGUUCAGCAAUGAAAAGAAAAUUAAAAAGGAAGAGUUCCAUGUUAAAAUGAAGACCAAGGAUAUAGAUGUUGAACCGGACGAGAAGAGUGAGUUGGAGCUUGGAUUGGAGAUCAAGUCCGUCGAGAAAGUAAAGCCAAAGCAGAAGAAAGAAAAAGAGGAUGAGCAUGAACAUAAUGAAGAGGAGAAACCAAAAAAGAAGGAAAAGGAGAAAAAGGAGAAAAGGGAAAGAGAAGAAAAAAAAGAGAGACGAGAUAAAGAACUAGAGAAGGAGGAGAAUGAUAAGGAGAUAGAUAAAGAACCAGAUGAGGAAACAACAAAAGAUGAGAAAAAGAAAGAGAGAAAAGAUGAGAAAGGGAAGGAAAAAGAAGAGAAGGAAAAGAAGAAAACGAAAAAAGACACUGUGCAAGUGGACGAUACAGAAGAAGAGAAAGAGAAAGAGAAAAAGAAGAAAGACAAGAAAGCGAAGAAGAAGGACAAACAUGAGGAGACAGUAGAAAACAAAGAUGAAAAACUAACUGAACGGGUUGAUUCUAAACCAAAAGAGAAAGAAAAGGACGAAGUGUGUGAAGAGAAGGAAGCGACGGAGAAUAAGAAACAUGGGAAAAAAGAAGGUGAGGAUAAGGAGAAAGAAGAGAAGAAGCUGAAGAAGAAGGAUAAAGAUAAAAAGGAGAAGAAGCAGAAGGAUGGAGUGGAUAAGGGAGUGGAUAAGGGGAAAGAAGAGAAGAAGAAAGAGAAGAAAGAGGGGGGGAAGUCUAAGAACCACGAAGAGAAAGAGGUUGAUGAAAUGCACGAUAAGAAGCAAGGGAAGGAGAAAGAACAUAAUAAAUUAGAGAAGAAGGAAAAAGAUAAAAAAGAGAAGAAGCAUGCAGAGAAAGUAACAAAGGGAAUGGGGGAUGAAGAGGAAGAAGAGAAGAAGCUAAAUAAGAAAGAUAAAGACAAAAAGGAGAAGAAAAGUGAGACGGUGGAUGGGGGGAAGAAAGAUAUUGAUGAUGAUGAUGAGAAAGAAGGGAAGAAGAAAGAGAAAAAAGACAAGGAUAAGUUGAAAAAGAAGUACAAGGAUGAAGAGAGUGAGGGAAAGCAUGUUGCUGAAGUUACCUCCAGGGACAUUGAUAUAAAAGAAGAUGAUGGCCAAGAAGGAAAAAAGAAGAAAGAGAAGGACACGGAGGAGGAGAAGAAAUACAAGGAUGAAGAAGAGGAGGCGAAGUGCGGAGCUGUUGUAACUGCUUGGGAUGUUGACAUAAAAGAAAACGUGAAAGAAUCGAAGGAUGAACGUGAGGAAGAUCAGCAUAUAAGAGAGACAAAGGUUGGUAAGGAGAAGGAAGAAAAAGACAAGAAGGAGAAAGGGGAUAAGAAAAGAAAACUUGAUGGGAAGGACAAGGGCAAGGAUAUUGCCAAGCUCAAACAGAAGUUAGAGAAGAUCAAUGGUAAAAUAGAGACUCUCCUUGAAGAAAAGGCAGACACCUUGCGGCAGAUAAAAGAAGCUGAAAAUGUAGCUGCUGCUGAGAAGUGAUUUCGCUGUAAGAUAUAGCAUGUAGCUGAGCUACAACUUGCGUGCUUAUUAUCAUGGUGGUAUUUUUCUUUUAUGAUGUUUCGUAGAGGUACAUAUUUUAUGUGAAUAAAGUAUCGUUACUACUUGUAUUGAAUAAAGCUCUAUGCAAUCAGGCUUUCAUGUUUUGCACUUUUA